GUAAUUAUUUAGUGAUCAUUGGAAUAGAGCAGUCUUAAUUUAUUUUAAUCAACUACUUUAUCAGGGUGAGAAUUCACAUUUGAUAGGUAUACUUAUCCCUAAUGCAUUUGAUCUAUAGCCAGGUACAUUAGCGUGAAAAAUAUUUAUUGAUGCAAGCAGUAAAAUAACAAGAUAGCCUACUCAACACAAUCUGUAUACCACUAUACUUCACAAGGACUCAGUAACCAUUGACAUUUAAAGUUAAAUAGUCGAACAGGUUUUAGAACAUAGCUCUUUGGAGGAUCAUGGGGAGGUUACAGCUACAAUAAGGUUGUUCAAUUCUUUAAAAUUGAUACAUUCACUAAGUUAUUAAAUAUUCAUCAAAUAUAGCUAGAAUUCCUAAACUAUUAUUUUAGUAUCAUAAGGAAUAAUGAUCAUUAUUACUAUCCACAAAUAGUAUACAGGUACAUUCAACGGAUUAAUAUUAAGUUAUAUAAUACAAUCAACAACAAAAUAUCUCAAGACAAUCAUUAAACUAAUUUAUGAAUAAUAAAUAAUAUGUUAUGUUUUAGGUAUUUACAAAUAAAAUGCCUGAGGAUGACCUAGAUAAUGAAACAAUUAAUAUUGAUGAAAAACUUACUAAUGUGGAGUAUUAUUACUUGUUGAUUCUUGUUGUUUUACCAGUUAAGCUGUUUUUUGAAUUAUGGGCCUGGCUUGGCUGGGAAUUGUUCAAAAAUAACUGAGUUUUCUUACUACAAUCUUUUAUAAUUUAUACAAUAAACAAAACUUAAAAAUUAAUCAAUUCUUUAUCUAACAUUACUUUACCAAACAAACCUGUCCUAAAUCCUUUAAUAAAAUGAUUAGCUGCUAAUUCAGUGUUUGGACGUAUUAUAUAACCACCUUCAGUACUUCUUAGUUUAAUAUUUUUAUUUAAAUUCACUGCACACAAUACUAACAACUCUACAAUACUAUCCAUCGGUUCUUUCACUCCCAUAUACUCUACAUAUGAAAAAUUAUUGUGCUUAUUUAGCCAAAACAGUAGAUAAUCAGCAAUAAUUGUACUGCCGAUCAAAUGAUCUUGCAUUGAAGAACAUAAUGCAAGCUUUAAUGCGGCAUCCAAAUCAGAAACUGUUGGUUCUAAUAUACCAGGUGUGUCCAUAACAUAUAUAAGGGGAAUUUCACUGACUUUUAUUUUUGAAGUGACACUUCUUGUAACUCCAGCAAUUGCUCCAACAGGAGCAGCUUUAGAUUUUCUUAAAUAUGUGUGUCUUAGAGCAUUGAUUAUGGUUGAUUUUCCAACAUUAGGAACGCCUGUUAUCAUUAUUGAGUAUUCUUUAUUAUCUGAUCUCUGGUACCUUUCUGAAUUCAAAAUUAGAUCUGUUGCCAUUGGAACUAGCUUUUUUAUACUAGAAAAAUUGUUACUUUUACAAUUGGUGAACAAUAGAUUGUUAGUACCUUCUUUCUUAAGAGCAUUCAAGAUUUUCUUCUCACAUGACAAAUCUGCUAAGUCGAUUUUGUUCAAUACUAAAAUAUGAGGUUUUAAAACACCAAGUUUAUCUCUGAAGUGUUUGUUUCGACCAGAUAGAGGUAUACGGGCAUCAUGAACUUCGACUAUACAAUCUACAGAUUUCAAGUGUUUAUUCAUCUGCUUCAGUCCUUUUCCCAUGUGUCCGGGGAACCACUGAAGUAAAUUUUUUGUAGGGUAAUUAAAUGUUGUUCGAUAAGUAUUAAAAAGAGGCGGUGUGACACGGGCCAUAGUCCAAAUUUAAUAUAGAAUUUUCAACAAGCUCACACUUGCAUUGCUCCUGACUGAUGUUUGGUCCCGACUUACAUAACAUAACCUGUUCUCAUGAAAACUGUCUUAAAUCGAUGCUUAUGUUAUUCUGUUCCUUUGGAAGUUUCUUUUUGUGGAAUAAUUUUAUCUUAUGCUCGUUAUGUUCUGUUGGGGAGCUGGAAUUCCCUGCACUUUCAUUAAAGUUUAUACAAAAAAUAAAAAUUCCGUUAUAGGUCAAAAUAGGUAGUUUAAAUUGUGUCCGUGAUCAGAAACAUGGCUGUCGUUCAUUGCUAAAUUUUCGUGAUUUAUCUUAUUUUAGAUUUGGCUUUAUACGUUUAAAAUGGGUUUUGUGAUUUUAUAGCAUAUAAAAUGUUUUCGAAUAAUCCCAAAAAUGUUAGUAGCAAGACAUCAGAAGCAUCUUUUCCAAAAGAUGAGGAUGAAGAAUCAACUGAACAGUUUUCAGAUUGGAACAUCCCUGUCGCAUUUAAUAAAAAGAGACACUUAGAAAACAUUGAAGGAGGCUAUAAAUUAACUCAAACAUGGAGAAUGAAAGAGAGGAUGAAAACUGUGAGUGUAGCCCUUGUCAUCUGUCUUAAUGUUGGAGUAGACCCACCAGACAUUGUAAAGACUCAACCAUGUGCCAGAUUGGAAUGUUGGAUAGACCCCUUUUCUAUGAGUCCACAAAAGGCACUAGAAGCAAUUGGUAAUAAUCUACAAAAGCAGUAUGAAAGAUGGCAACCAAGAGCCCGCUACAAGCUAAGCCUUGAUCCAACUGUAGAAGAAGUAAAAAAGCUCUGUACAUCACUUCGAAGGAACGCAAAAGAAGAGAGAGUAUUAUUUCACUACAAUGGUCAUGGUGUUCCUAAACCCACUGCUAAUGGAGAAAUUUGGGUCUUUAACAGGAUGUAUACACAGUAUAUUCCUCUUUCUAUAUAUGAUCUACAAACAUGGAUGGGAGCUCCAUCAAUAUAUGUAUAUGAUUGCUCAAAUGCUGGUGUGAUAGUUGAAUUGUUUAAACAAUUUGCUGAUCAACAUGAAAAGGACUAUGAGCAAAUGUCUCAGCAAAACAGGUUAUCUACACCUGCUCCGAAUUUUAGAAACUGUAUUCAGUUAGCUGCAUGUUCAGCUCUACAGAUACUGCCAAUGAAUCCUGAUCUUCCUGCUGACAUAUUUACUGCUUGUUUAACUACUCCCAUUAAAAUAGCUCUUAAAUGGUUUUAUAUGCAAAACAGUGCACGCUUGAUGCCUGAUGUUACUUUGGAACAUAUUGACAAGAUACCUGGCCAGCUGAAUGAUCGUAGGACGAUGUUAGGUGAAUUGAAUUGGAUUUUUACUGCCAUCACCGACACUAUAGCCUGGAAUAUUCUCCCUCGAGAUUUAUUUCAAAAGCUGUUUCGUCAAGAUCUUCUGGUGGCAUCUCUCUUCAGAAACUAUUUGUUAGCUGAGCGUAUUUUAAGGUCAUAUGACUGUACUCCACUUUCUUCACCUCCUCUUCCUCCUACUUUUCAGCAUGCUAUGUGGGAUGCUUGGGAUCUUGCUCUUGAUCUCUGCUUGGCUCAACUGCCAGAGGUUUUAGAAAAGAGUGGUGAUACAUUUAAACACUCUCCCUUUUUUGAAGAACAAUUGACAGCCUUUUCAGUCUGGUUAGCUCAUGGUUCAGAGCAAAGAAGCCCACCUGAACAACUACCUAUUGUUCUUCAAGUUCUUCUUAGCCAGGUUCAUAGACUACGAGCUCUUGAGUUACUGGGAAAAUUUCUUGAUCUUGGGCCAUGGGCCGUGAACUUGGCUUUAUCUGUAGGUAUUUUUCCGUAUGUUCUCAAACUUCUUCAGUCAUCAGCUAAAGAAUUACGCCCUCUUCUUGUAUUCAUCUGGGCGAAAAUUUUGGCUGUUGACAGUACUUGUCAAACAGACUUAGUGAGAGAUAAUGGUCAUAAAUAUUUUCUCUCAAUAUUACAAGACACAUCAAUGCCAAGUGAAGAACGGAUGUUAUCUGUAUUCGUUUUGAGCAGAAUGGUACAUGAUCAUCCGUGUGGGCAAGAGGCGGCUCUUCAAGGUUCACUGGUCUCUAUUUGCCUUGAACAGCUCAAUGACCCAUCACCUUUAUUGAGACAAUGGUUGGCAAUAGCACUUGCCAACCUUUGGGCUAAUUAUGAUAAAGCUCGUUGGACAGGGGUUCGUGAUACUGCCCAUGAAAAGUUGUAUGCUUUGCUUAAGGAUCCUGUCCCUGAAGUGAGAGCAGGAACAGUAUAUGCAUUAGGGACAUUCAUUAAUGCAGUUCAGGAAAGAAGCGAGCAUGCCAAUAAGAUUGAUCAAAAUAUUGCUAUAACUCUUCUGAACACUGUUUCUACAGAUAUGAGUCCCCUAGUACGAAAGGAAUUAGUAGUUGCUUUACAGUACAUUGUAAAAGCUUUUGAAAAUAAAUUCCUUUCGGUUGCUCUUCAGGAGAUGAGAGAAGGCGCACAGGUUGUUAUGCCAGCAGAGAUGAUGACCUCACCUUCAAGUUCAAUGAAGAAAAAUGUUUCUCGAGAUAGAACAAAAACAGUUUCACCUGCUUCAAAUUAUAGCACCAUGGAUGUGGUUGAUUUGGAUAGGAUGAAGAGGGUGUCUUCUUCAUCUUCUAUAUCAAGCUUAGCAAUGGGUGGAGUUCAGUUUGGAUCAGUCUAUCAAAAAUUAUGGGAAGGAAUGAUUGCUCUUGACUCAGACCCAUAUCCUGGGGUUUCUUCUCUUUCUAGAAUAGUUACAGAUUAUAUAAGAGAUCAGGUUUUCGCAUGGCCCGGUGGCUGGAGCCCACCCCACACUAGGGAUAAUGGCUCAUGGGCUGUCUCUGUCUCACUCGGCCACAUCACUGUAAAAGAAGCGACAGCACCUCGAGAAGUAGUAGAAGCCAAAGCUAGUUCAUUGCCCCCAUCUCCUUCAAAUAGAUCAUCAUACCUCAGUGGUAAUAACGAAUCAACUUCACCGGGAAUCAGCAGUUCAACUGAUAAGUUGAUUAGUAGAUCCAUUCAGCUCACUCCAAGAUCGAAGAAGCAAGUUCCAAAUACUAUAAGUGAAGAUAUCGUUGAAGAAGAAGAUUUAAAAAGAAAAACUUUGGUUUCUACUCAAUUUGUAGAUUGGAGCUGUAACUAUUUUGCACAACCUAUUAUGUGUUUAAAGAAAAAUAUUAUAGAUGUUGAAAGUCCUGAAUAUUAUCGACGUGAAUGGAGGUAUAUGAAGAACACUGAAAUGAGAAAAGAAUCAAAAAUUGAAAUUUCGAAAAUGUCAAAUUCUCGAAUAGAACCCCAGCUGUUUUCUACUAAAUGUAGUUGUCCAGCUCAAGCUGUCACUUUUCAUCCUUAUGAUCCACACAUUGCUAUUGCUGUAAAGGAUAAUAUCACGAUUUGGGAUUAUGUACAAAAUGAUAAACAACUGGUUUUGAGAGGUGAAAGACCAUUAGGUGGGACUGCUGUUAGAAAAAUUUGCUCCCUUGCUUAUGUCAAUCCUCAUGACACCCCUCUCCUUGCUUCCAUUUCAGACGAUGGGUCUUUGAGAAUACAUUCUACUAUAAAUGGUAAUCUUGUUACUGCAUGGCCAGCCGCUCCAAAAAAGUCUUAUUCUAGUUUUCCUAGCAGCGUAAAUAGAAAUUAUUUAAUGAACUGGGAUCAAGAAAGGCAGGAGUUUAUUGUUGGUGGCAACAGUCAGUUUCUUCGUAUAUGGGAUGCCGAGCGGGAAUUAAUGACUGCUGAUAUACCAACGAGUUCAGAUUCUUAUGUUUCUUCUAUUUCCCUCGAUCCCACAGGUGGAAUGCUCAUGUGUAUUGGUUGUGGUGAUGGUACUGUCAGGAUAUUUGAUAGAAGAUUGCCUCCUAAUGAAGCGAGAAUUAUGAUAUACAGAGAGCAUACUGCCUGGGUUGUAAAUGCUAGUUUUAUUGACAAUAACCAAAUAAUUUCUGGAAGCACUAAUGGCGAUGUGCGGAGUUAUCUUCUUAGUCAUCAUCAUUCACAAGUUGUAUGCCAGAUUCAAAAUCAAGGAAUGAAAGCUCUGGCUGUUCAUUCUCAAGCUGAUAUUAUGGCAUGUGGAGCCAUGAGUCAAAUCCAUAUGUAUAGGCGUAAUGGAAAUCAUGUGAAUACCUUGAGAUAUAAUGCUAAUGAGUGGUUUUACGCACCAAAGUGCGGACCUGUUGGAUGCUUAGAAUUUCAUCCUUCAAGAUCUAUUCUUGCUGCUGGGUCUGCUGAUGCUCUUGUUUCCCUGUAUUCUAUGGAAAAUAAGAGAUGACAGGCUGGUAACUAGCUUGGAAUAAGCUGCCUGUUGCUCACUUGACCUUGGCAUAGCCCCUGGCUCCCGCAGUGAGUCAAUGAUUCAUCUCUCUUUCCAUAUUGACAUGUGGAACAUUGUCUGAAUACGUAAUGUUUCCUUUGUCAUAAUUUGUAAAAGUUUAAUUUAUAAUUAGACAGAAAUUUUAUUUUAUAAUGCCACAAAAUUUUAUUUUAAACUUUAUGGAUAAGUGUAGUGAAUGCUAGAUCAUGUAUGAAAUGAGUGUUCAGGUCUAUUGAUAAGCUGAAUACAUAUUAUUUUAUUGCAUAGUGUGUAAUAAGAAUUAAACUUCAUUGUGAAUAAUGUUAGACCUUUGAACAUUCAUUCAUGAAAUUUGGUUUUUAUUUAUAUAAUUUUAAUGUUAUUUAGUCAAGCAACAGAAAUAAUCAAAACUGGGGAUGAGCUGUUUCUUCCUCGGUAAUUGUUUAGUGAGAUCUAGAGGAUUCAUACUAACUGUGAUCAAUCAAAGAAUGCAAUCCCCAUUAUUGUGAUAUUUUUAGGUGUUCUAUUAGUUAUUUAUUAUAUCACAAUUGUCUCUGGAUUCCUCGCAAACAGCUUCUAUGUUUUCUCCUCAGAUCAUUUAUAAUUCAUUUUGUUGCUUAAUCUUUGUCUGAUUAGUGCUUAGUUCUGUUUUAUUUUAGUAAUAUUAUUCCUUGGGUUCAUCAUAAAUGAAUAUUCCAAUAUUGUUAUCAUUCAAUCUGAGUCUGACAUUUUAAAAAUAAUACUUAUUUAUUAUGUUUUAUGUUAUUUAAUGGAGGUAGUUAUCAUUGGUUAUGUUAGAAAAAUUUCUAAUUGAUAGGCCUAUUUUAUAGAUAUCGGCCUUUGCCCCGAUUUAUGUUUCUCUCAGAUGAUGUAUAGCCACUGUUUUAAAAUCUAAAGGAUCAGUACACCUGUGAAUAUAUGAUGGCAGCAAUGUUCAGUUUUAGUUACCAUUGCAACUUUCUUGUUGUUUUUUCCAUUUUUUAUGUUCCUCCCAUGUUUUAUCCAUGGUCUACUUGAUAGAGAUAUGUUUUAUAAAAUUUGCAAAAAAAAAAUAAAUAAAAUAAAAAAGCAAAAUAAUCCUUUUUCUGUUGCUAUCAUUUUGCUUAUUUUUAGGUACCUUCCCCAUUGUUUUUGUCUUUAUUAAGUUGUAAUAGUGUAAACAAUUGUUCAGAAAGUGCACUAUUGAUCCCUGUCAGCAUAAUGGUAGAACAAACAGGUGUAAGGUAUCAAUAAAAGUCCAACAGAUAACGGGUAAUAACUAUAAAACUUGAUAGAUUAACUAUUUUCUAACAUUGGUCACUAAUUUGAAAUAGUACUGAUAGAACAUUUCUAGAUGUGGUGUUAUGUAUUAAUGUAUACUUUUAUUAAAGAUUUAAAUUAUUGAUUAAUGACCGCUUUACAAGUGGAAUCAUUAGGUAGAUAUGUAAAUAUUUGUAUGUAUAUAUAGAACCAAUCAUUGGCAAUUGCAUUAUGUUAAUGCGUUUAAUUUAAUCUAUAAGUUGUUCACAUUUUAAUCAAUGGAUGCUCUAGUCUUUCAGUCCCUUACUAGUUCAUUUAUUUUGAUUUCUUAUUACCAUAAUAUAUUAUAUUGAAUGCAAUUUUGAAUGAAGUAGUUAUAUUAAGUAAGUGCCAUGUACAAUAAUUAUAACUAUUAUUUUUAUUAUGAAUUAAUCAUAUUAAGUAAUUAUUUAGUUCAGUAACUUUACGAUGAGG